AUACACGCCUCUUUCGAGACGAAGUUCGAAGCGAUGGGUAAGUGCGUGUGUACAUGCCCGUAAAGGCUGCAAGUAGGAGGCAAGAAAAGGCGAGGGUAAUGUUGAACAUCGAUGGAGCUCAUGUAAUUUGGUCAACAAGUAUUAAGGGUUUCAGUAAGUGAUGAAAUGUUUGACGUUUACCGGCUGCACGGAGUCGAUAUGUGUUGAUGUGCCAUGGCUCCGCGAUGGUUUCACCUCUGUGCGCUGGUGUUCUGUCCUCCUCACGGUAUCCGGAUGGGAAAUCUCUGCAGAAAAGUGGCACACUGGCCUCGAAAUUAAUUCCAGAAUUCUCCAACAUCGGCAAAGUAUUAUAAAGAUAUGGAUAAACACUGCAGAGUGAAGGAUGAAGCCACGUCAAAGGCAGCAACGCGCAAGGAAAACAAACAGAAACAUGGGCGGCUUUUUCGAAAGAAAUCAUUGAAGUCGGUGGGGAGUUUUGUAAAUAAAAUUAUCAAAACUUUGGGCACUUUUACCCACUUUGGAGAUGUUGCAGUUCAGGGCGCAGAGGAUGACGAUGGAGGGUUUCGUGACGGGACACCUUGUAACAUCAGUACCAACUCAGAAAAUAUCAAAGAGGAUGUCCAGGUCGCCGGGGAUGAUUCUGUUAAAAAUAAUUCGAUAGCUUCUUCCCGUUGCUCGGUGAAAGAGAGGGUUUUAUGGUGCUAUGGUGGCAAAAUUCCAGGUGUUCUAGGCUUGAAAAAUCAUGGGAACACCUGUUUCAUGAACGCCGUGGUCCAGUGCUUGAGCAACACUGACCUGCUCGCAGAGUAUCUCGGGUUGGAGCGGUACAAAUUGGAUUUGAGUCGAAGGAGAAUUAAUGGGAUUGUUAAAAGUGAAGACACGCAGCAUGCCAGAGGUGAAGUCACUGAGCAGUUGGCAUCACUUGUUAGGGCACUCUGGACUCUGGAAUACAUCCCUCAACUGUCAGUGGAAUUCAAGAGUAUAGUAUCCAAGUAUGGAUCCCAAUUCCGAGGAAACUCACAACAUGACGCCCUGGAGUUCCUGCUUUGGCUUCUGGACCGAGUUCACGAGGAUGUCAACUUGUCCUCCUGCAGCAACAACAAUAACAAGACCAAAGCCCCAGGGAAGGGCCCUGGUAUAUCAGAGGAGGCGAUGGUCACUGAGCCUCCCCACUCGCAGCAGCCCGGGGCAUGCCACAGCUUUGUACAGGAACACUUCCAGGCACAAUACAAGUCAUCGCUGACCUGCCCUCAUUGUCAUAAACAGAGCAACACCUUUGACCCUUUCCUCUGCAUUUCACUUCCCAUCCCUCUGCGCCACACCAGGUCUUUGUGUGUUACUCUGGUCUUCAGUACGAAGGGCCAGAGAUACCUGCGCAUCGGGCUGGCUGUGCCUCUCUUUGGUUCGCUGGCCUUUCUUAGAAGGAUGUUGGCGGAUGAGGGGAAGAUCUCCCCAGACCAGGUGAUCCUGACAGAGAUCUACACCACAGGCUUUCAGCGCUCCUUCUUUGAUGAGGAGGAUCUGACGUGCAUAGCCGAGACUGACAUCAUCUAUGCCUUCCAGGCCCCGCCCCUAUACAUCAGAGGAGGCUCUGCACUACUCUCAGGGUACCACCACAGCCUGCCGUCGUCGCCGUACUCCUCCGGGCCCGAAGGUCAAAGGUUACCUCCAUCCGGAACUUUGUCAUCAGAGUUCCUGAACCAUGGUGUGCCGGUGAAGAUCCUGUUGCUGGUGUGCAACGCCGCCUGGAAUGCCCAGCAGGCUGUCAGGUUUGGACCUCCGUUCCUGAUGAGGGAGGACCGCUCCACCUCCUGGGACCAGCUGCAGCAGAGCAUCCUCAGCAAGCUCUACUACCUGAUGAUCAACGGAGCACAGGCCCAGAAUGCCAGAGUGCUGUUUAAGAUCCGUGUGGUGGGAGGAUCAGCGUCCUACAGCUACCUCUCCCCCCAGGAUGGACGGCCGCUCUACCACCCAGCAGUGAACAGAGCUCUUAAUCUCUGUGGCUCAGGAGGACCGCCCCAUGUGAAGCUCAUCAUCGAGUGGGAACACAGAAUCAAAGACUGCCUGUUUGGGAACAUCCAGGAGGAGGUGGUGAAGGAUGCUGAGAGUGUGAGAGGCCAGCAUCAGCAGCACGUCCAGCAGCACAGUUGUACCCUGGACGAGUGCUUUCAGCUCUACACUAAAGAGGAACAGCUGGCCCCAGACGAUGCAUGGAAAUGUCCCCACUGUAAGCAGCUGCAGCAGGGCAUGGUGAAGAUGAGCCUGUGGACGCUGCCUGACAUCCUCAUCCUCCACCUCAAGCGCUUCCGGCAGGUGGGCGAGCGCCGCAACAAGCUGGCCACGCUGGUGCGCUUCCCCCUAGACGGCCUAGACAUGGCGCCCCAUGUGGUGAAGAGGAGUCAGAGCACCCGGCUGCCCCCCCACUGUCCUCUGCCCCCCCACGGCCCUCUGCUCCCUGGCCCCCUGCUCCCUGGCCCCCUGCACCCGGCCUGGAAACAGCCCUGCCCACCCGACGUGGCCCCUCCAGACUUCCUAUAUGACCUCUAUGCCGUAUGUAACCACCACGGAGGCAUGCACGGGGGACAUUACACAGCGUUCUGCAGGAACUCAUUGGACGCCCAGUGGUAUGGGUAUGAUGACAGCAGUGCAGAGCCAGUCACAGAGGGGGAGGUGUGCACACGGGGAGCCUACAUCCUCUUCUACCAGAGACGCAACACCAUCCCUCCAUGGUCAGCCAGCUCCUCUCUCAGAGGCUCCACCAGCUCCUCCACGUCAGACCACUGGCUGAUCCGUCUGACGCGGGACAGUAAGAGGGACAGCCUGUUCUCUGGGGGGUCCACCUCUGGCCCUCCUGGCCCCACACCAACCCUUGAAUCCCCAGAGCUCCCUGUGUUCGAGGACGAGCAUCUCAAAACAGAGACAGAUGGGUUUGAGAAUAAGCCAUUUGUCCGAGGCACUCAGGGCAGGAGCGUGAGCAUGAGGUCACCCACUAAGACCAAGGACACCCUGAGCAAAGUACUGCCCCUGCGCUGGUCCUUUGGUUCCAAGGACCGCCCCAAACCCUCCGCCCCCAGGCGAGGGGAGCUGGUGGAGUACCUGGAGUCAGGGCGCAGGCCGCGGUGCACCAAGGACCCCAUCAUCACCCUAGUGGCCACCCCGCCCCAGGGCGGGCACAGGGACCUGGGCAGCUCCCCCAGUGUCAGCAGCCUGAGCUGCAUGGACAGGUCCAACUCUGAGGCCUGCGACUCCCCAAGAGUACCAGAGGGCCAGAGCAGGCCUACCGUAGAGAGGAGCUCUAGCCUGGGGCUCAGUAUUAUCACUAAAGCCAAGGAUGACAGCUCACUGGGCCGGAGGUCCUCCAAGAGGUUCAGGCAGGACCAGGGCAGGACCCUGGACCAUCACCCUCAUAGAGGCUCUACUGAUGGGAUCCACAUCAGCCACAGUGCCCCCCCAAGUAGGGACUCCACACUGAAGAGACCCAAGGCCCAAGCAGGGCUGACCUCCAGGGUAGGGGUGCUGCAGGCUGGUCUACAGCCUGAGGAGAGGAAGGGGAUGAGGGGUCAGGAGGUAAGGAGCCACGACAGCCUCUUGUCCUUUUUCAAAUCAGGCUUCCUGAAGAAAGACACUCAGAGUACACCUAGCAAGGGGGAGGUGGUCCGGGUAAAUGGCCACGGACGAACCAGCAAGGGGGAGGAAGUCCGGGCCAAUGGCCAUGGACGAACCAGCAAGGUGGCAAACGGUAGUUUGUCUAAACUCUCCCUCUCCAAUGGGACCCUGAACGGUGUAGCGCUGGAGGAAAAGAGGGCCAACAGCGCCUCUAGAAGUGACUGCCGUCACAGCAAAGGGCAGCUUGUCAACGGGAGGGCAGGGAGUCACAGCUCUGCUGCUGACAUCAAGCGUGCCCACAGCUCCAGUAACAUCCAGACCAAAUUGGACUUGACCCUGCGCAGGUGUGCCUCUCUGCAGAGGAAUGGGCAGGUAGCUCCCCCGGCCCCCCGCAGCAGCCUGGCCACAGACAAGCCCAGCUAUGCCGCCCUGCAGCGGGCACGCUACAGCACCACCUCCCUGGGCAGGCAGCAGAGACCCGUCCCCGAGUCCUGCUUCUGACUCCCUCCGCACCACUAGGCUAAUUGGCUGCUGCCACAGUAGUAGAGUUACCUGGCCUGUGUGUCUCUUUAUUUAGAGUUUCUGCCAAUGCUACUGUCAGGGUUAGCAUGUUAGUGUGAGCUGAGCAGUCUGGCCACCACUGCUAGAGCAGAGGAAUAGUCACGGUGUUACUAUAAGACAGGUUCUUAGGGGAGGCUUUGCCAACAGCUGAAAUCAGUAAUGCAGUGCGUAACAGUUAACUGUCUGUCAUAGUCUUCUGUUUAAUGUAAGUGCCUCUGUGACAGUUCAGAAUGAUUGUUUGUUGAACACUGGAACCACGCUAUUGAUUGACACACAUCACAUCCAGACGGUCACCAGGUCUCUGUAGUAUAGCCAGCAGAGCUGUUGUUUCUGAAGGGCAUCAUGUACCCUCUGUUAACACUGAUGUUUAUUGACGUAUUGUCUUUGUGUGUACAUGAAUCUAUGCAGACUGUGUACAAUGGAGAGGUACAACUGCUGUAUUGUGAUCAUAUUUAUUCCACAAACAUGUCAAGCAUCGUUCUUGGUUGUAUGCUGUCCUUGAUUUUCUAUUGAUGUAGCCAUGGAGGAACAUCCUGCACAGAAAGAUUCAGUUAAAUGAUUGUCUGUCUGUGCUUCCACUGCAAACUGUUUGCUGGGACCUCAUACACUUAUGUUAUUGCUAAUAUUCAUCAUGUAUCAUCUUCUGUCAGUGGCAACUGGCAACUGAAAGAAAUAAGUACUGUAAUAACCUGGUUGUUACACACCUGUUACUGACUACCGUACGGUAACGACGGUGUGUGAUUAGAGGAGAAGUAAGGGUAGAGGAAUGAAAUGGUGAUUUAUGUUCGUAACUAACAUGAUUGAAAUACUGGGUUGAAAAGAGGGUAGUUUGCACACCAUGUACUCCAGCACAGUGAUGGUCCUGUAUACUCCACAAUAGAUUUAAUGGAUCUUGAACCAAAGUUUGUGUCAAUCAGAACAUUCAUCAGGACCCUGAAAAAGGUCUAGAUAAUCUAGUUUAAGAUUCAUUGUGGAGCAUACAAGAAUACCUGACCUUACCGGACUUACCGGACUUACCUUACCGGACUUUCUAUUUUAAAUCUAAAUGGAAAAUAAUUAUCAAAAAGAGCCACUUGAGAGUUUUGUACAUUGACUUGUGUGAACUUAGAUGGGUGCUAUUAUGUGAUGGUGAACUGUUGUGGAACCUCCUCACACCAGUGGUUUAGGUCAGCCCCUUAUAGAGCACCAGGGACAGACUGACAGCCCAUUUCAAGGCUUUUAAUGUCACUCCCUGUAUCUCCCCACUGCUGAGCUCCAGAGAAAGUUACUGCCUGUGUUUCACAAUAACUCACCAGGGGGGAUUAAACCGGCUUCCCUGUUGCCAUGGCAAACUCCCUUAAAGAUACCAACUGUGAAGGUGCUGCUGGCUGUUGUCCUCUGUAGAGGGGCAGGGAUUUCUUGAUUUUCAUUCAUUUUCAACCCAAAACAUCUCUUGACUUAGCUUCCAAUGUACAAUACAUGACGAUCUAUUACAUUACAUGAAGAUCAUUUUGUAUAGAGUGCUGUAAUGCAUUUUAAUUGUCAGCCAUAGGGUACAUGCCAAUUCAGAUAUAUGCACAUUCUGUGUAUGUUCUAGUCAGUGCAGAUUUCCCAGCAACAAUGGAUGGAAACGUAUGAUGUGUGUUUUAUGUUAGGAGGGUGUAGAGCACAUGUGUUUGAGCUUUCAUCAACUGUAUAUGAACAUAUGUAGAAGUAAUAUUACCAACACAAUGGCAUACAGUGCUUCUGUAAAGGGAAAAAUACUAUCAGAGUUAAUGUAUUUAUCUAUUAGAUUUCUGAGUUACUUAAUUACUUAGGCCCAUCGCCCCAUGAGAAGCAUAGGCCAUCAACUGGCCAUCAACUGAGUUGACUUCAUGUAUCUGAAAUUAUCUAGAAUUUAAUCCCAAUGAAAUGAUACAAUAAUUUACUAUUCUCCUAAACUAUAAUGUUAAUGUGUAGGACAUAUGAUUGUGUUAGCAGACAUACAGUAGUAGCUAUGCAAUAUACUGGACCAUAUGGGAUGCCCCAUAUGCAUCAUCAUAACUUCUUCUAAUGGGGAUUGGUUGAUGACACUACACCAUCAACCAUCAUGACAAAUUGGUUGAUGACACUACACCAUCAACCAUCAUGACAAAUUGGUUGAUGACACUACACCAUCAACCAUCAUGACAAAUUGGUUGAUGACACUACACCAUCAACAUUGUCUGAUGACACUACACCAUCAACAUUGUCUGAUGACACUACACCAUCAACAUUGUCUGAUGACACUACACCAUCAACAUUGUCUGAUGACACUACACCAUCAACAUAGGCUGAUGACACUACACCAUCAACAUUGUCUGAUGACACUACACCAUCAACAUUGUCUGAUGACACUACACCAUCAACAUUGUCUGAUGACACUACACCAUCAACAUAGGCUGAUGACACCACACCAUCAACAUAGGCUGAUGACACCACACCAUCAACAUAGGCUGAUGACACUACACCAUCAACAUAGGCUGAUGACACUACACCAUCAACAUUGUCUGAUGACACUACACCAUCAACAUUGUCUGAUGACACUACACCAUCAACAUAGGCUGAUGACACUACACCAUCAACAUAGGCUGAUGACACUACACCAUCAACAUAGGCUGAUGACACUACACCAUCAACAUAGGCUGAUGACACUACACCAUCAACAUAGGCUGAUGACACUACACCAUCAACAUAGGCUGAUGACACUACACUAUCAACAUUGUCUGAUGACACUACACCAUCAACAUAGGCUGAUGACACUACACUAUCAACAUAGGCUGAUGACACUACACCAUCAACAUUGUCUGAUGACACUACACCAUCAACAUUGUCUGAUGACACUACACCAUCAACAUAGGCUGAUGACACUACACCAUCAACAUAGGCUGAUGACACUACACCAUCAACAUAGGCUGAUGACACUACACCAUCAACAUUGUCUGAUGACACUACACCAUCAACAUUGUCUGAUGACACUACACCAUCAACAUAGGCUGAUGACACUACACCAUCAACAUAGGCUGAUGACACUACACCAUCAACAUUGUCUGAUGACACUACACCAUCAACAUUGUCUGAUGACACUACACCAUCAACAUAGGCUGAUGACACUACACCAUCAACAUAGGCUGAUGACACUACACCAUCAACAUAGGCUGAUGACACUACACCAUCAACAUUGUCUGAUGACACUACACCAUCAACAUUGUCUGAUGACACUACACCAUCAACAUUGUCUGAUGACACUACACCAUCAACAUAGGCUGAUGACACUACAC